UGUUCAUCUAUAGAAAAGUUUUUUCAAUUUUAGUGCAAAUAUAUUUCCAUAGCAGUUGUGGAUUUCUAUUUUCUUCAACAGCCUUGUAAGAAUUCAGAUAUGGCUGUAGCUGCUUAUGCAUCUUUGGUUUCUCUUACUCAUGUACUCGACAAUGUUCAUUACCGAGCCCAGCUUCGUCACUUUCACGUGGACAUAGAACACAUUGAAACUUUACAGGAAAGUGUCAACUCUUUGUUGAAAUUUGUUGAAGUUCACUCAGCAAAAGAAGGCGAAAGAAUCGAUGGCUUGUGGAGGCAAAUACCUAAGGUUGCCUUUGAAGCGGAAGAAGUAUUUGAUUUUCAUGUAGUGAAUCAACUUCAGCUCCGAUCCGAGGUAGUAAAAGCUGAUUUGGGCCUUUCAGCUUUCAAUGAAGAUAUCGAUGGAGCGAUCCAAAAGUUUGACUUCAUUAUGAAAGAGUUGUUCGUGGAGGAAGAUGCGCCGAAGGAUUUUCAAUUUGGAAAACAACCGAAAGUUUUUGAGCUUGGUGGCACUUCGGUUGAGGGAGCUUCAUUGACUACUCCAUCCCGUGGAAAGAAUACAAUUGUAGGAUUUGAUGGUCAUGUCGAUGCAAUUGUUGAUUUGCUGACUAGAGAUGAGCCGACACUCCAAAUUAUCCCUAUUGUGGGGAUGGGCGGUAUUGGUAAGACUACUCUAGCUAAAGCCGUUUUUGAUAGCCAACAUAUUGCUGAUCGCUUUGAUAGACGCAUUUGGCUAACAAUAUCACAAGGGUAUACUGUUGAGGACAUCUUAUCGGGUCUUUUAAAUGAUGGAAAAGUUACAACACAUGAUGGAAAUUCUGGUAGAUUAAGGGAUGCUUUGUACAAAGAAUUAUUUGGUAGACCGUAUUUGAUUGUUAUGGAUGAUGUGUGGAGUGAGCAAGCUUGGGUUGAUUUACGAAUGUGUUUUCCUGAUAACAAUAAUAGAAGUCGGGUUAUGAUGACUACUCGGCUUGCAAAUGUGGCUGGGUCUUUGAGCUCUCACAACUCUUAUCCGAUGACUUUUCUAGAUAAGAAUGAAAGUUGGAAUUUAUUUUGUCAGACGAUCUUUGCAAAUGAAGAUUUCCCAUACCCAGAACUGGAAAAGUUUGGAAGAAAGAUUGUGGAGAGUUGUAAAGGGCUUCCAUUAGAAAUUAUUGUAAUCGGCGGCCUACUAGCAAAGUCCGACAUGUCUAGAGAAUAUUGGAAGUCUGUUGCGGACAAUGUUAGCUCCUACGCUAAUUUUGAAGGUGGCGAAUAUUGCCUGAAGAUAUUGUCCUUAAGUUAUAACAAUUUGCCGAUCCACCUUAAGCCGUGUUUCCUUUUUGUGAGUCAUUAUCCUGAAGAUUGGGAGAUCGAUGCCGCGGAAUUAAUUGAGAAGUGGAUUGCUAAUGGAUUGAUAAGAGCGACGAAUGGCAAAAGUCUGGAGGUCACUGCUACAGAAUACUUGGAAGAUCUUAGUGUCAGGAAUCUAGUUUUUAUGCACAAAUCAAGAACUGAUGAUGGAAAGAAAAUUUGCGGCAUUCAUGAUCUGUUAAGAGACCUGUGCCUAAGAGAAUUCGCUAAGGCGCAGUUCAUUCGGUCACCAAGGGUGCAAGACAUUUAUAGGCUAGGAAAACAACAGUGUUUUCUUUGUUCGCGGCCAACUAGCUAUGAAAAUGUAAUAGAUGUCCCGGAAUUUGUUCUUUUAUCCCCAUCACAGGCAUCACCCCUAAGUCCUCCAACCAUUUGUGGUGCUUGCAAAAUGAUGUAUUCACAUGUUACACGUGGAAGGUUGGUCGAGAUAAUGAGUCGAGGCAAUGAUCACUUAGAUUUUUUGCAUCCUACUCAAGUACGAUAUCUUUCUGUUUACACUGAUAUAGAGUUGAUACCUAUAUUGUCAAAUCUACGCUUACUCUGGAAUCUUCAGAUUCUAAAGCUAUUUUUGCAAUGUCGGGCAGUUUUCCCCGAUGAAAUUUGGGAAAUGCCACAGCUCAGGCAUUUGAAUGUCACUAAUGACGACGGGGCUAUUUUGCCGGAUCCUCCGGUGGCUACUCAUGUUAGGGGGGAAGGAACCAUUAUUCUCCAACAGCUGCAGUCCCUUUCGGAAAUAUGGAAUUUCAAGUGCACAAAGGAUGUCUUGGACAGAAUUCCCGACAUAAAGACACUAGAAAUUCGAUAUGCUUAUGGCGUUGAAGAAAGUAUUGGAUCAUCAGAGUAUUCUCUUUGUAAUCUUGUCCAACUCAAGAAUCUCCAGUCUCUAAAAAUAUCAGGGGCUCCGGAAAAUAUUGCAUUUCCGAAUUCUCUUAAGGAGUUGUAUCUGAUUGUUUGCAUAUUCGCAAUUCCUUGGAGUAGUAUGUCGAUCAUUGGCUCAUUGCCGUAUCUUGAGAAACUUGAAUUGUAUUAUGCCACUAAAGAGACUGAAUGGAAUCCAGUUGUGGGUGAAUUUCUUCGAUUGAAAGAAUUGAGCAUUGAGGAUAGAGAUCUACUGCAAUGGAGAGCUGAUAAGGAACAUUUCCCUACUCUCGAACGUCUUCAGCUUUGGCUUCUAAGAUCAUUGGAAGAAAUCCCUUUAGGCAUUGGAGAUAUUCCAACGUUACGUAGAAUUGAAUUGAGUGAAUGCAGUGGAUCUGCUAUGGAGUCGGCAUACCAAAUAUGGGAGGAACAACAAAGCAUCGAAAAUGAUACCAUUGAGAUUCUCGUCAAGAGCGAGCACCAAUGGUGCUCCAUCAGUGAUUUCGUAUCACAACUGAGAGAAGAUGAUGACUCUAAAUGAGACGAUGAAAAUGAAGGAAUUAUUGUAAGGAACCAUCUAUAAUUCUUGUGAUCAUUCUCUUUCGUCUUUUUGGUAUGCUCACGAUCACACGCCGGAUUUUCCGAUUAUGUUUCAUUCGCCUCUGGGAAUUAAGUUGCAACUGUG